AUGGAAGAAGGACCAGCUGUCGAUCCGGACAAAUACCCAGGACCACGCGCCGCCAGUGCAGCUCAGCGCGUUCACUAUUAUUGUGGUAAGUGGCCUCACGAGCUUUUGGGAAGCUUCGAGCCUGUCACUUGGGUCGAGAGAUUGUCCGACGAGUUCGCUACGCUUAUACGUCUCACUGUCAAGUCGCGAAAAUUUGAACUCGGAGAUAUUAUAAAAAGGUUGAAGGACCUCGCCAGAGAACACCCUUAUGACGGAGCCAAGUAUGUGAAUCGACAGGAUAUCUCCACGGUUCGGGAAUGGCUACGGAAAGAGGGCAUCGAUGCAUUGCAUUACCGGAGGAGAUCUCGAAAUUCUCCUGGUGAAGGUGAUUACGAGGCAGAUGACUCCAUUGUGAUUAAAUCAGGUUCGGAAGACCCGGUCAUAAUCGCAGAAACUCCUUUCGUCAGCGAUGAUAGUGAUGAUGUUUUAAGCAACUUUGAAAAUGAUUUUGACAUGGGGGAAACUGAACAAGAUGGAGAAGCCAGCAACGAACACAAUCAGGCAUUAACCAGCCAAAUCCAUUCCAGUGCCGCUACGCCUGCCAGACAAAACACUCGACCUGUCACCAGAUCGGUCCCUUCAGAGCCAUCUACCAGAGCGGGCAAUCAUCAAACUCCCGCCUCGCAAUCUCUUGCUCAAACUGUGACCACACCAUCCAACAGAGCCCAAUCACCUUCAGAUCGAUUUCGAGCCAAUGAGGUUAUCAAUGGCCACUUUCAAGGAAGCCUUCGAAGACGAACCAUGGCUAGCAGCGUCUCACGCAGUGGUACUUCAUCACAACCUCAAUCUGCCUCUAGAGCUGGCAGGACUCAUCCUAAUCCCUCAACCCCAGUUGUGAGAUUAAACAAUGCUGCUCGGGGUGGGUCGCUUGCCGCGCCUUCACCUACCACACCCAGCAGGCGAGCAAAUCGUUCACCUAACAGACGAGCAGCACCUGAGCCUCAUGUCCGAGCAGAGACACGCCAACAUACAACUUCGGGCAGAGGUGAAGUCAGACAGUCAACAAAUGCUGAAUCUCAACCCACAAAUACUGAAUCUCAGUAUGGGCCGUCGACUCCUAGGACAGAUGGUCAAAUCGCAGGUAACGCUAUUCCUACACCUACCAGCACACCGGCCACGCCUGUUCCUUCGUCAAGCGAUCCUCAGUCACUCAUGAGACUCAUCGAGCCACGUUCUACCGCAACUACUAGAUCUCGACAAUACAUAAAAGUCGAAGAUGAUUCUCCUCCACCAACUGCCCUGCCUAGCUAUCCCGAUGGGCCAUCUGGUAGUCGCACAAACAAUUCUACACAUGCCCAUGAGGCGGCACCCCCGAGUACCUCUAGAGAUAGGGGUGCAUUCAACGCUUCAACUCCUACAAGGCCAGUUGCCCAAACCAGCGUCGGCUCAGCGAGCUCCAGCUCAAUCCGACCUCCCAAUCGCCCUCACUGUGACACCAUGCCACCUACACGUACACGCCAUGCCCACGCCCUUCCUUUGAGCGCCUUGGUGAACCGCGAUGUCUCGCGCAAGCGACCUAUGGAGUCUGACAGGCCAAUCACUCACAACACUCCACAACAACCAGCGGCUUCAUCCCCGUUGCGAAUUAUUCAUGCCACUACCACCGCUCCUGCGGAGGCACCCUCAUCUCAGACCACUCCCACGAACAACUCUGCCUCUCGUGCUAUGACCUCUACACAAGCGACACCUAACAACAUGAGCGUGAUGGAACCCAAUCCACAGUUGCAACCAACAACGCUAAGGCCAAACUCAUUUGUCUCAACUGGACCCCCCGCCUGGGUCAACGGAGAACCCUCCUCACAACCAGCCCAUACCCAAGUGCCACAAUCCUCAAUCGCGGUGCCAGCACAAACGAGCUCGCCAGGGACUGUUGAGAAUCGCCCUUCUAAGAGACUGCGAUCAGACGAUCCCAGACAGCCGUCUACAUCUUCGAAUGAACCAUUCGAUUUCGAUGCUACAUUACCCGAUGGAGAAAGUUUCAAGAGACAACUUCGAGAAUGGCGAUCCUGGGCGGAGUCUCACGUUGUAGAUAUCAACACCAAACUCGAAAAUAUCCAAAAAGAAAUCCGCGCGAUGCACCAGAUUAUGUUCACCAACAACUCCAACAGGGAAAUCACAACGAAGAAAAUGCAAGACAUGCAGCAAACCAUGCAGGAUAAUCAAGCACACAUCACCAAAACGUACAAAAUCAUCGAAGUUCUAGAACCCGAAUCCAUAGGAGACGAGUCAACUCGGGAAUAUCUCGAGAAACGAAAGAGGCAAUUGGCAGAGCGCGAGAGGGUACAACAAUCAUACCAGGAUGAAAUUUCACAGGCUCAAAAUCUUCUCCGCGAAAUCGAAAUCCAGCAGCCCAUGAUUGAGAAGAAGCUCGAUGAGUAUGUGCAGGACGAAACUAACAUAACAAAGAGCAAAGAGUCAUUAGAGUUGGCGAUGAGAAAAUGCAACUUUCAGUUGGACUUUUUGGGUGGCCAAGGGGGCUGGACCAAGGCAUUUGAAAGUCUUGAAGCAACAAAUGGGAGGGUUGGCAGACUUGACGCCAGACUCAACGCCUUUUCGGCAUUCAAUGGCGAGGUUCGUCGGUGA